GCGUCCGUAGUUACCAAACAUUUGGCAGCAGAAAAACUCUGUUUACAAGUCAUACGUUAGCGAUUUAAUUGAUGUAGAUUCAUUAUUCUCGCAUUUUGAAAUAAGAAAUGGAAAUUAUUAAAGGUAAUUUAGAUGACAUUUCCCGACCUGCAUCGAGUGAACAGACAGGUAGCCGUGUUUCCAGCGUAUCCUUGUCUCAUAGUGACAGGAUCUGUCUUACAACGCCAAUUGAGCUUGUUGUUUUGUCCAACGAUGCUUCUAACAUACAGGGCUGCUUUGGAGAAACUAUAACAGAAUCUUCAGCCGGAAAACCUGGCAAAGACCAGUCUCACAGUGAGGUUACCGAGGGUGAGGAUUCCAAACUACUGAGAGCCUUUGAGGAGAUGAGACGACUUGAUGAAAUUCUGGCUGCAAAAAUUAGCAAAGAAAAAGAAAUCCGACGUCAAAGGAAAGAACUUCAAGCAAAACUCUGGCAAGAGCUCUUGAAUAAACCUGAGGGACAAUCUGAGUGUGCUCAUGAAGAGUGGAACACAAAGCUAUUUUUGUCUUUGGAGGCAGAUACUGGAACAAAAGAAGAGGACAACUUUGUGCCUCUGUUUGAAACUCAAAUUCUUGACAGUGAGCAUAACGGAGACAACCACUGCUUGGAGCAAAGUGAAAAGAGGCCUGGCAGCUUGACUGGAUCCUUUGAAGUAAGCUAUGAAGAUGUUGAAGGUGACCAAUUUAAAGGUAGCCACUGUCCAGCUUCCAACAGCAAGAAUGCACACAAGAAUUUUAUCAAGAGAAACAUUGAGCUAGUGAGUGGAGAGGUGGACCACGUGCUUUUGACCAAUGCAGAGAAAGAGCGUCUGGCUGAGCUCCUCAGAGAAAUAGAUGAAGAGGAAGAGAACAGCACUACAGGUGCUGACAGUGAGGAAGUAAUGAGGGCUGUGUCGGUCCUGACAGGCCAAGGUUACACCCCAGAGCCAUCUGAUUUGGAACAGCUGAUCGACAUUGACUCAAAAAUAUGCCUUCUCCUUCCUGUUGAAGAAUUUCAGUCACUGCAAAACUCUUACACGAAUUUAAGCAUGUCUCAGGGCCUUGGCUCCAAGGUUGGCUGGAAGUGUGAUGGUGUCCGGCAGCCAGGAGAGAAGGUCCUGCAGGAUAUAAAGGAGAGGCGAGAGCAGGAGACGCGGCUCCAAGAGAUCCAACAGCAGCUGGAGAGCCUGGGCCACAGCCAGAAGAUGACUGAUGAGUCACCAGAUCUUACUGAGGAGCAGUUAAUUAGCCUGCUGGAUGAAUGUGACCUGACAGAGAGCUGGAGCCAAAACCAUGAGAACGAAUAAAACACCACAUGAGAUCCUAUAAAGUAUUUCACUACUUCAUCUGAAGUCUUCCUGUCAGAACAUCCUUGCUAGAUUAUAACGAUGAAUUCACUCAGAAAAACUUUUAUAUGUUUAAAGAUGCAGUGAUUUUCUCAUAGAAAGAGCAGCAUAAACUGAUUACCA